GACAUAAGUAUGUCCACGGUCGGUGGUAUCGACGACGUCGGCGCCCGCGAUGCCGCUCUUCAUGGAGGUUUCCACGUCGCGCAAGGCCACUUUACAUAUCACCCAUCGCCAGACUCAGACAAGUGCAUCUUCGAACAUUUCCACCGGUCUGCCGAAUCCUGGGCUGCGUUCACCAAGGCGAUCGAGGGUUCGACGCGGCAAGUCAAGGUGAUUUAUUUCAUUCGCCAUGCUGAGGGCGAACACAAUGCCGCCAAGGUCCGACAUGGUGCCGAAGUGUGGUUCCGAGACAUCGCAUGCACAGACUUGUACUUAGAUGCGCUUCUGACGGCGAAAGGCGAAGCUGCCGCCACCGUCACCGCAGCACGCGUGGAAGCAGAGCUCGACCGGGGCAUGCCGUUGCAAAAGAUCAUCGUGUCUCCCAUGCGACGCACGCUUCAGACCGCGACGUCCAUCUUCCGUCGACAGCUUGGACAUGUGCCGUUCGUGGCCUUGGAGCUUUGUCGGGAAACCAUCGGCAUGCACACUUGCGACAAACGAAGCGCCAUCUCGACGUUGUCACCGCUGUUUCCGUCGGUCGACUUCUCACACAUCCGAGACGACGUGGACACGCUGUGGCGACCAGACUUGCGGGAAUCCCUGGACGACAUACAGUCCCGCGCCGUGACCUUCCUGCGACAGCUACAUGCAGACGUACCCGACACAUUCAUCGCCGUGGUGUCUCACGUUGGAUUCAUCACCGCCUGUUUGCGGGUGCUGCACAUGCCAGAAUACCGCGUCGGCAACUGCGAGCUUGUGCCUGUGGUGCUCGACGUCCACGACAACCACAUCCCAUCCCCUGAAGUGGUUCCGUAUGACGUGGCAAUUUCCUAGAGCAGCAGCGUCGUCGUUACCUCAAGUACCCCAACACUUCAACUUGCAACUCCUUUUAAUUCUUUUAGUAACAACGGCUGUAAAACCUUAACGGUACAGUAACUUCCCCGAGGUUGCACUGUACAUCAACAGAUCCGUAAAGUUACGGAAAACUUUACGGUAAAGUUAACGACCGUGCAUAGUUGCAUACUUGACCCAUUUGGUUAUAACGACAACGGCAAUCGCGAGGAGUAGCGUGGACAUGCAGCUUAUAUCGUCGUCGUCUUCUAUGAGGUGGUUAUUGGUGGGGUUCAGUGCAGAGGUCAUGGCCACAACCACUGGCACCACUUCGCAGUUGGCAGGUUUAUAGCUCGGCAUGCCCAGCACGUCCAUGCACGCUUGGAUGAAGCCGCCAUGGGACACCACCGCAAGAUAGGUGUCGGGAACGGUGUAGAACACUUCGUGGAGGAAGUCACGGCAUCGCGCGUGGAUUUCGUCGGUGGUUUCUCGAUGCGACGGAUGCCACAAGAUGUCGACGUUAGGCUCGAUGCGACUCCAGUCGACAUGGGGAAAGUCGGCUUCGAGGGACGCGGUCGGCCGCCGCUUGUCACAGGUGUGGACCCCCAGCGUUUCCCUGGCGGAUUCGAUGGCAUGCACGGGAACUUGUGAAGUCGUAGGUGACGUGAGAUUGAAGUAAAGAUUGGCUGUUUGGACGGUGCGGGUCAACGGCGACACGAGGAUGCGAUCGAGGGGCAUGCCGGCGUCGAGUUCCCCACGCAUGGAGAUGGACCGCUUCGAUGCGUCGGCGAUCCCCGCUGCAUUCAACUCCGCAUCCAAGUACGCAUCUUGUUUGGACACCGAAUGGUCCCAUACUGCAGUGCCGUGGUGUUUUUCCGCGGCAUUGUGAUGGCCUUCGGCGUGUCGAAUAAAGUACAACACCUUAACGGCGUCGGUGCUGAUCGCGAGGGAAGAAAUAUGGUGGCGAAACGCAUGCCACGACGUGGGAAUGCGGGUAUAUUGAUCGAAGAGCUUUGAUGCAGGACGAUUGAUGCCCUCCGCUGUUGCUGCUUCGUAUGCGAAGAACCCAUCCAAGCUCCGGAAAGUCAUCGCUGAAGCCGUCAUCGUGCUGUUCGUCGGAUGUCGCUCCGCC